GUAUUUACCUCCUGAGUGUUUUGUAGUUGGAAAAGAGCCACCAAAGAUUUCCAACAAGGUUGAUGUGUGGUCAGUUGGAGUCAUCUUCUUUCAGUGUCUUUAUGGUAGAAAGCCAUUUGGUCACAAUCAAUCUCAACAAGAUAUUCUUCAAGAAAAUACAAUAUUAAAAGCCACAGAAGUCCAGUUCCCUGUGAAACCAGUUGUAAGCAGUGAAGCCAAGGCCUUUAUAAGACGCUGUUUGGCAUACCGAAAAGAAGAUCGAUUUGAUGUGCACCAACUGGCAAAUGAUCCAUACCUUCUCCCACACAUGAGAAGAUCGAAUUCUUCAGGAAACUUACACAUGACUGGUCUAACAGCAUCCCCUACACCCCCUUCUUCAAGCAUACUUACUUACUGACUUUCCUCCAAGAUUGGCAUGAUAUCUUUGAAUUGCUUCCAGAUGCACACCUGAGUUAGAGAGCAUUUGAGUGUUUUUUUUUUUACACAUGGUUAAGAACUGUUUGUGAACUGAAGUUCUUCAUAAUGUCAUUUAUAUGAGAGUGGAUCAUGGACAAUGAAUAAAUGCAAAUUUCUGGCUAUAUCCUUGAGCAGUGAAGGAUGACUGCCUGUUGCAUAGGAACCAGGAAUACCGUGUUAAGAUAGAAGAAAAAUAUUUGUUUAUUUGGGAACACUGUAAAUAACGUUUAUAAUACUUAAAUACAUUCGGUUGUUACUAGAGAGUUCUAAUAUGAAGGGUAGUUUUUCAUUAUUUAAAAACACAUGGAAAAAAUAUGAGACAUAUUUCUAACACAAGAACUACAGUGCCUGGAUACAUUCUUCAGCAUUCGGCAGUUAAUCUGCUAAAACCAAAGUAAGAACUGAAUGACAGUGACAGUUGUGUUUUAUAGUAAUCAAAUGUGAGAGAAUCUUUUAACAAAGUUAGACUUUGUCAUUUGCCAAUUCUGGCUUUUACCAAGUUGUACCUCGAAAUCACAUGUCCGUUUUUUUCACUUGUUAUAUUAAAGGGAGAACUAUUAUUCCUAGAUACUUUACACCUUUGACAAAAUGAGCUGCUUGUUUUGAAAUCAGUUGAAUUCACUAAAUUGUAAUAUCGCCAGUGUUUUCAACAUGUUAGCAUUGAUAACAGGUAUUUUUCUUUUGUUACCAGGCCUUGCUCAUUAAACCAAGUGACAGUGUGUAACCAAAUGCAGACCAGUUCUAUGCAGGAUAAUGAUAAAUUCCCUUCUAGCUCUAUUGUAAAUUGUUGUACAGGUGUCAUAUUUCAAUUACUAAGUUUCAGCAGCUUAUUCUUGUACAAAUGUUUAAAAAUAUGGCUUUUCUAAUUGGAUAUUGUAUUUUUCUUAAGUCUUCUUAAAGGCGCUUUAACUGCUGCUAAGUGAUGUUGCUUUGCUAAAAAAAAAAAUUGAAUGACCUCCUUGAAGGUGCAAGUUGACUGUACACCAUAGAGAGAUGUUCAAAGCAGGCAUUCAUUAACAAUCAAGGCAUGUAAAAAUGAUCCAUGUUGGUCAUACUGAGUUCUUUAAAUCAGUUUCUUGGGUUCUAGGGCUGUGGAGCACAUAGAUAUUAGAUUUAUAAAUUGUUCAUGGUUAUUCUCCAUUUCCAGAAGGUUCUUAUCAGCAAGGUGGGAUGAUGGUCCCAUAAACAAGUUUCUUGUGGUUUGUACAGAUUUGUUAAAAUGUGAACUUUCUAACUGCCUUGUAUGGUAGAAACCAAUAUUUUUCAGGAUGCUGUAUUUCACUCCUGUAAGGAUUUUUUUCUUUAUUGUCACACUCAUAAUGCUUAUACUUACAUGUAAGUUGUCCAUGUUGCAGAAAAAGGAGGCUGUGCUUACCACAGAUUCUCCUUAAUAUUGUACAGUUAAACUGUGGCUCUUACUUCUGAUGUUGCAAGCCAUUUUGUUUUUUCAUUGUACAUAGACACAUUGUCUCUUUAAGAUGCUGCUGAAAUUGUAGAGAAUGUAGCCAAAAAGAGUAAUAAACAAUGAUAGUUAAAAUGUAAAGACUAUGAAAAUUACAUUUGAAGGGAGCUUUCAAGAUUUAGGAUAUUGACUAAUUUAACUCCUCUACUUAAGAAUCAGCUGUAUAAAUUCUUUAAGUGUACUUCAAGACAAGUAUAAAGUGUUUCAAGCUGUUAAUGUUAAAUCUAAUAACCAUUAUCAAGACUAAUCCUGGGUAACACUUAGCACUAUCAGGAGUGGCAUAAAGGCUAUACCUGUUCCUCUGUAGAUUAAGAUAGAAGACCUAUAAAAAAAUACCACAUGGUAAUGAAAUGUUAGCAUUGGUUGAGUGCUUUAGGUGCUGCCCACAAGUUUUCAGUUUUGUUAUUUUUGAGUUUUCAUCUUUCUGAAAGAUAAAGUACUAUGUUCAUAAAGCAACUAUUAUUUAAAGUCUUGAAUUAAAGGAAAAUACCCAGUUUUGUUUAAAAUUUUGGUGAGGUGUGAUGUGAAUGUGUAAAUCUAAUAUGAGGUUGAGUAAGUAGUAUAGACCUGGAUCACUGCCUCACUAUUUUAUUCUCAAAAGAAUGAGAGUGACUGCUUAGUGUCAAAAUGCAGAAAGGAAAACAAGCCAUAAAGUGAACUUUCCUUGACCUGGGUUUAGGUAAUCAUUUUAGAAUCAAAGAUGUAUAGGAGAUGAAUCAAUUUACAGACCCAUGUCUUCCUUCUAAAGUUGUUCCAAGCAAAUGCUAUGGAUUUUGGAUAACCCAGCAGGUCCUAGAUGGCUAAUUGAGCCAAAUGAACAAUUUAUUGUUACCUUCACAUGGGAAAUCGGUACCUGUUGCUAAAUAAUUUCAAAGUCACUCUGGUGGACUUUAGCUGUAAUAUUUUUUGAGGCUUCAAUUGUUUCUGAUGUCUUCUGAUAUCUGUCUUCAGAAUUAAAGCCUGUCUUAUGUCCCUAAGAUGAGAGCCAAGGUCUCUCUUUAAGAGUCAGCAUUGAUGCAAGGUAAAAUCACAUCUUACAUACAAUUUAAAAAUCUUUCUUUGAUUUAACUUUAGUGUGUGCAUGUGGAGAGUGUAGAAACCACCCUAAUAAUUUGUAAGUUGGGAGUUGGGGAGAUACUUACUUGGUUGUUUGUCAAAAAUAAAGACUCAAUCUUUUUUUCCUUA